AUGACGCCUGGAGAGUUAGCCCUUGCCAGCGGCAACUAUAGCCCAGUUACCCAGUUCAUCUUGCUGGGCUUCUCCAAUUAUCCAGAUCUACAGGAACUUCUCUUUGGAGUCUUUCUGCUCAUCUAUGCCAUGACACUGGCGGGCAACCUGGGAAUGAUGGCCCUCAUCUUCACAGACUCCCAUCUGCACAGGCCCAUGUACUUCUUCCUCAGUGUCCUCUCUUUUCUUGAUAUUUGUUACUCCUCUGUGGUCACACCCAAGCUCUUGGUCAACUUUUUGACCUCUGACAAGUCCAUCUCUUUUGAGGGUUGUGUGAUCCAGUUGACCUUCUUUGUGAUACAUGUGACCACUGAGAGCUUCCUCUUGGCCUCCAUGGCCUAUGACCGCUUCAUGGCCAUCUGCCAACCCCUCCAUUACGGUACGGUUAUGACCAAAGGGACUUGUCUCCAGCUGGUGGCUGCUUCCUAUGUAUUUGGUGGAGCCAACUCUGCUAUCCAAACUGGGAAUGUCUUUGCUCUGCCUUUCUGCGGGCCCAAUCAGGUAACACACUACUUCUGUGACAUCCCACCCCUUCUGCGCUUAGCUUGUGCCAACACAGCCACAGCAGGACUCAUCCUCUAUAUCUUCUCAGCUCUGGUGACACUGCUGCCUGCUGCAAUCAUCCUCACCUCCUACAGCUUGGUCUUGGUAGCCAUUGGGAGGAUGCGCUCAGCGGCUGGCCGCGAGAAAGCCCUCUCCACAUGUGCCUCCCAUUUCCUGGCUAUUGCCAUUUUCUAUGGCACCGUCGUUUUCACCUAUGUCCAGCCCCAUGGAUCCGCUAAUGAUGCCAGUGGCCAAGUAGUAUCUGUCUUCUACACCAUCAUAAUUCCCAUGCUCAACCCCUUCAUCUAUAGCCUCCGAAACAAGGAGGUGAAGGCUGCCUUGCAGAGGAAGCUGCAGACCAACAUCUUCCCCUGCUGA